CGGAUAUUUUCUCAGUACUAUUUUCUACUGGUUACAGUUUACAAUAAUCGAUUUGGAGCAGUCUUUAUCAAAAGAAUAUCAUGUCAGAUCAAGAUGACGCGUUGCUGGAUGAAGAUCUUGGAGAUGAAGAGUACGACCUUGGAAAUGAUGAAGAAGAGGCACUACUUGCUGAUGACUAUGAAAUUGAUAGGCAGAAUAACUAUAAGGGAGAAGAGGAAACAGAUGAUGUACUGGACUUAGGAGUCACGGAUGCGCUUGACGAUUUAGAGGGCGAAGACGAAAAUGUUGAGUAUAGGAAUGAGACUGUUAGCCAUAAUCAGAGUCAUAUAUAUAAUGAUGAUAGUGUCAAUUGUCAUGGCACGUACUAUGAACAAGAGGAACACGUGAGCUACAUUGAAGAGUCGAUCCACGAUCCAAGUAUUCAACAAAACCCAUCGCAGAUACCAUUGGGCGACUUGCGUGAAAAAUUGCAGAAGAACAAUGUGAAUAGUCAACGUAUCGCCGGCAAUGGAGGAGGUCCGGGUACGGAGGAUGAUGAAUGUGAAGAGGCGCGGGAACGAAGAAAUCGGUUUCAACCGGAACGGACAAUCAUACCACCGAAGAUGAAUCUCAAGAUACCGGAUUCGUUGGAGAAUGUCGUCACGAUGGAGCACGCAAGACCUCCGGCUUUUCGCGGUCGAGGACGUGGUCGAGGUGUCCGAGGCAUACGAGGAGGAAGAUUUCCUACUCAAGGAAAUUAUAAUCCGAGAUUUAGUGGUCGAAAUCCAUACGAGGAUCAAAAUCCACAAUUUAGGCCACCGUUAAUUGAAAAUAGACCUCCUCUAUUUCCGACUGGACUUCCGAUGAUGAAUCAUCAAAUGAUAAACCCUCAGAUGUAUCAUCCAGGUCAUCAACAACCACCACCACCACCACGAUUCCAGCAGUAUCCACAAAAUCAUCCUCCACAUGGACCACCAGGAGGUCAGCAUUUUCCCGAACCAGGAGUCCGACCAGCAUUUAAUCAGUUUCAAGGAAUGCCGGGGCCAAGAAUUCCAGCACCUAGGAUGGAUUAUCAUCCAAGACCACCAGGGCCUCGUUUCAAUGGCCCACCAAACCAGUUACCGUACAUGCAACCUCAACCGCCUCAUUAUUCAGGACCACGAGUGCCUCUAGAAGGUCCACCGCUGCAUCAUCAUGAACAGAUGUCAGCAAACCAUGUGGGGAUUCAUCAACAACGUCCAAUGGGGCCGCCACAGGGACCGCCAAUGCACCCAGGACAUCAGAUGCAUCUUCAAGAGCGUCCGAAUGGUAUGAUGCCGCCUAGUUUUCCUCGAGCACCAGGUCCAGCUCAAGGCCCUCCGAUUCCUCAUCAUCCGGGUUCGCAGCCUAGGCAAAAUUUCGAGAAUCGUCCGCCUUUUCAGGAACAAUCAUUCGACGGAAGGAAUGUCUAUGAAAUGAAACCAAGCUUCAACAAUCCCCCGGGUGUUAAUCAGUUUAAUUCUGGCCCGGGUCCAGCUGGACAACAGCCUGCAACCCCAGUUAUACCCAACGUGCCUCUUCCACCGGGUCAUAAAAUUCUUAUAAAUCCUCAUUUUCGAGGAAAUCCACAGCCACCUCUUGAUGCAAUAGGUAGGCCUUGGGAUAAUUCACAGUCUCAAACUCCCAGUGAUUCAUUUGGACAGUCAUCAAAUCCUGCAUAUCAGGAUUCUUAUAAUCAGCCGCCAGUUAGUCAAGCGUCGCAAGAUUAUCAAAAAAAUUAUCCACAGACUAAAAGUGAUGAUCCGUAUGCUUACUUCUCAGAUGUCUGGCAAGAAAAUAAAACAUCUAAAAAAAGUAGUAUUAGUCCAUUAAAAUCUCUUGGAGAAAGUAAUUACUCACGGGAUAGUAAUUACAGAGACUAUGACAAUAAAUAUAAAUCUGAUAGUCGUGAUAAAUACGAGGAACCAAGAUAUCGAGAACGUACUCCACCACGAUCAAGAGAUUAUUCUCCAAAGUCUCGUCCUCAUCACUCAGAUUCAUAUAGUGAUCAUUCACGUAAACCAGCAGACUCCAAUCGUACUCAAAGUCGAACACCUCACAAACGGACUCCUGAGCCAACUGAUAAAUCCAGAGAAAUAAGUCCUAAACGUUUUAAAUCCACGAACCGAAAUUCUCAGGACACUGAGUCAAAUAAUUUUGUAAAAAACACGCGGGAAGAAGACGUGGAUCCAGAAAUGCGGGAAUACCGUAAAAAAAUGGAAGAGCAAAAACGUUUGAGAGAAAAAUUGCUUCAGGAAAAAGAGAACAGACGUAAGAAAGCAGCUUUGGAAAAAAUAGAUGAGACUAAGGAUCAAAAAACUACCGAUAAUAUACAAGACAUUAAAGACGUAUCAGCUCUAGCUGGUGUAAAAAAAGUUUCUAGUGAAAAUCCUGGUCAAGUACCAGUUAAAAGGACUCGCACUGCAGCUGGAAACACUCAGGCGACAGAGGGCGGAGAAAAAACAAACGUCCGAAUUGUCCGGACAGUCCAAGCAACAGAAAAAAAAUCAGCAGAUAAAAAUGUUAGAGAGACAGCUGAAAAUAUAACGGAUGCGCAAAAAAAAGUAUUGACGCAGACAAAUACUAGGAGAAUUGUCAUCCAGAAACCAACGGCAAGUGUGCAGCGAGUUGUGGCAUCAAUACAAAAGACUGAUUCCGGUGUGAAAGCAGUUUCUGCAGCUCAAAAAACAGGGACUCCCAAAAAAGCUGUUUCCGGUCUACUGAAAAAAACUGCCGCAGUUCAAAAACCUGCUGCGGCAGUCAAGAAAGUGACUGCAGUUGAAAAAUCUCAAGCAACUUCCAAUAAAACGUCACCACAAAAAGCUCCUCAUAAAGCAGUAGCUGUCGCUCAAAGCCCUGUCAGCAAUCAAAGAACAAUUGCCGGCAAUAUUCGCAAAGUUAUCGUGAGCACAGCCACUGCAAAUGCUAAAAAGGUAACAGCUAGCUCGCAAAAUAAUCAGAGGAUAGUCCUUCAACCAAACUCAACAAAGCCUACAACAGUUAUUAUUGAAAAUUUAGCUGCUAGUACCACUGAAGCACGAAUUCGAAGUAUGUGCCAAGGAAUUGGAACACUAGAAAGUAUAAUAAUGGGUGACAGUACUGCAACAAUAGUCUUCAAGACUCACUCAGCAGCGAUGGUAUUCCACAACAAAUUUCAGCGUAAAAUGAUUGAUCUGUCGAUGAUUAACGUGCGACUAGUUUCGAAAACUAGUGUUAGUAAUAAGCCAACCAAUACUGCAGUUAAAAAAUAGCGGAUUACUGUCUAAUCUAAUGUAAAAAAAAAAAAAAUAACAAUAAUGUAUAUUUAAUUUAUUUAUUAUUUCGCUCAUUAAUUAUAAAUUUUAUUAAAAUCAAGUAUUUGCAACACAAUUAAUAGCCUUCAAUAUUUUUAAUUGAAAUCGCAUGAAAUUUUUCAGCAUAAAAAAAAACAAAAAAAUGUGUUAGUAAAUUAUGUUUGUAC